GGGUAAUAUUAUCCACCGCCCUCUUUACCUACGACAUAUAGGACCAUUGGCUAUUCCUCAGAGAGGGUGGAAGCGAGUCGUCGGAGAGUGACGAGAGACACAGUGACGAGUCUGAGUCUAUCUCCAGAUGAAUUGGAAAGCUUCACACCCUUCAAUGGCUUGGUCCAGGUACAAGGAGUCCCGGAAGGCGUUGGUUAAGGAAGCUUGUGCGCUUGGUAGCACUCCCAAGUCCUGGCGGUCAUCAGUGGUCAUCGCAAAAGCAUCGUGAUUAAAUCACCUCUUCCAGCCGCAAAUCACUUACGCGCCCUCUCGUGUUUGAUCAUGACAUAUUAGACCAUCGCAAUCAAGUAUGCGCUUUCUUCUGUUAUCUGCCCUGAGUGCGCUAUCGAUUGUCACGAGCGCUCUGCCUGCUCAACAGGCCCCUCUACUCCGCCAUGCUGCAGACAACCGCACCGUCUCUCCCGAGCUCUUUGCCGAUCUCGAAGAAUUGGCACGUGUAGUCGACAUAUCCUAUUGCGUAGGUCUUACUGGCAUAGGCAUCUCAAAGCCAUUCAAGUGUCUCAGUCGAUGCUCCGAAUUCCCGGAUUUUGAACUCGUCAAGACAUGGAACACUGGCCAAUUGAUGUCCGACUCCUGCGGCUACAUCGCUUUGUCUCAUUCGCAGACCAAUCCACGCAUCAUUGUCGCGUUCCGUGGCACCUACUCGAUCGCAAAUACAGUUGUGGAUCUCUCGACUGUACCACAAGAAUAUGUUCCUUACCCUGGUGAUCCGGAAUCGAAGGCUUCAACAUCUCGUGGAAUCGACUCAGAGACUCCACGAUGCAACAACUGUACCGUUCACACAGGUUUCUAUAGCUCUUGGAAGGUGGCUGCAUCUGCCAUACUACCAGACCUGGAGGCCACAAUAGCGUCGUAUCCCGACUAUGCUCUUACCCUUGUUGGUCACUCGCUUGGAGGAGCAGUAGCUGCUCUUGCUGGUCUGGAACUCGACUCACGAGGCUGGAACCCAACCAUCACCACCUUCGGCGAGCCCAGGCUGGGCAAUUCAGCAUUGAAUAGAUAUCUUGACCAGCGGUUCAAUCUGCUCGGAUCUACUCGGGAAGUCUGGACGAGCACUUUCAACGAGCGUCAAUUACGCUAUCGCCGUGUCACUCACAUAGAUGAUCCUGUACCGCUUCUACCGUUGACAGAGUGGGGCUACCGGAUGCACGCUGGCGAAAUCUACAUCUCCAAGUCUUCCUUGACUCCAGAAAUCCAAGAUCUUCAGCACUGUGUCGGCGACGAAGACCAUCGAUGUAUCGCUGGGCAGGAUGGCAGUCUAUCAACAGAUGCCAAACGCGACGAUCUCAGAGCUCAGGUGCAGCAGUCCGUCGAUGAUCUUGCCGAGGAGCACGAGUUGGAGAAGAGAGAUGUCGGUUUGUGGGUGGUGCCAUCUCGCUACAAGCUCUGGCAGUUAUUCUUCUCUCAUCGAGACUAUUUCUGGCGUCUCGGCUUGUGCGUCCCUGGUGGCGAUCCUUGGGAUUGGAAUCGCAAACCGUAUGCCCUGCUUGAUGAGGAAAAGCAGGACUCGGUCUGAUCGCGUUGUGCGGCUGAAUUGUGAUGAGUCGGAGCUUCUUCUACUGUAUCUAUUAUCCUGAAACCCCACUAUACUUUUAAUCAUUGAUCGAUAAUGUAUGAAACUCGUUUCAUGCUAUCUCUGAC